AUUUCAUUACCAAAUUUAAACAAAUCUAAAUUGUCUCAUAUUUAUAAUUCCAACGUAACUUCAUUUCUUUACAUUUCUCUCUAAUAAUUAAGAUAAUAUAUAAGCCAUGGGAAUCAAGGUUCAUGGAAUCCCCCACUCCGGUGCCACCCUACGUGUUUUAGCAGCGGUUCAAGAGAAGGAGCUUCAUUAUGAAUUGAUCCCCGUUGAUUUGAGAUCCGGCGCUCACAAGCAAGAGCCUUUUAUUUCCCUCAAUCCAUUUGGUCAAAUUCCAGCAUUUGAAGACGGAGAUCUUAAGCUAUUUGAGUCAAGAGCAAUUACAAAAUACAUUGCAUACAGCAAUGAAGGCAAAGGAACGUCUCUCAUAUACAAAGAAGGAAGGGAAAUGGCAGACUUAGCCGUAUGGAUGGAAGUGGAAGCACACCAGUUUGAUCCAGUAGUCAGCAAACUCUCAUGGGAGCUUGUUUACAAGGGUAUGUUCGGUAUGGAAACCGAUAAUGCUGUAGUCGAAGAGAACGAGGCUAAGUUGGCUAAGGUCCUUGAUGUUUACGAGUCACGUUUGGCUAAGACCAAAUACUUAGCUGCUGAUUCUUUCACUUUGGCUGACCUUAAUCACUUGCCUGGACUUCAAUACAUGAAAGGUACAAAAGUAAACCGGUUGUUCGAUGAACGUCCUCAUGUGAGUGCUUGGUGUAAGGAUAUCUUGGCUAGGCCUGCUUGGGUUAAGGUUAUGGCGUUGCAGAAACAAGAUUGAAGCAACCAAUAUUAUAACCAAGAUUGAUCAUAUUUGUUGUAAUGUGUACUUUGUAGGAUAUCUUCUAUGUUAAGUGUGUAAAUUUUUGUGAGGUUGUAAUGUUUAUAUUGUGUUUUAUCAUAUGCUAAUUAAUAAUUAAACCAAUAGUUACCCGCAGGCCCGGUUCUGAUAUUUUGAGGGCCCUAGGCGAAAUAAGGGAUUUGGCCCCUUCCAAAAUAAUAUGUCUUUAACUGAAAUAAUUUUUUUUUUUUGUAAAAUCCGUUAUAUUGUUAAAUUCAAAUCAAUAAAAACUUACUAUAUCUCCUUUGCAUGA